AUGCAAACAGUCCUCGUCCUUGGCGCGACCGGCAAUAUCGGCGUCUCCGCCAUCAAGGCCGCUCUACGCACUCAGCGCAAUGUCCUGGCUAUAGUCCGCAACCAGAAUUCGGCCGAUAAGCUUGUUCACCACCUCGGAUCGAAAGAGGGCAUUACUUUUGUCGAAGCCGAUGUCCUCUCCGACUCGGGCGUCCAGGGCGUGGUUGACCAGGUGCGCGCUGGCAAGCUUCCUGCCUUCCAGCAUGUAUACUCCUGCGUCGGGGGCGAGUACGUGACAACGCCUCUAACUGAAAUCACCACCGAGCGAUUCCGGCUGAACAUGACCUCCAUGUUCGAGGCUGCCUUCUAUGGCUACCGCGCAACAAUCCCCUACCUACUAUCCCAAAAGAAUACCACAACAUGGACCCUCUGCACCGGCGCGCAAGGCGACGUCGCCACGCACGCCCUCCCCGCCAUGACCCAGGGCGCGCUGUUCUCCUUUGCCACCGCUGCGGCGCGCGAGAAUGCAGAUACCAAUGUCCGCUUUAACGAGGUGUAUCUUGCGCUGAGGGUUGAGUUUGAUGAGGAUGCCGCUGUGCAUGGUGUGAACAGUGCGUCCGAGUUUGCGGCUGUUUAUGAGGCGAUUCUGGAGAGAGAGGACAUAAAGAGUUCGAGGGUUGUUGUUACGAAUGCACAGGAUAUCAAGGAUUUUAAGGUUGUGCCCAAGUUUUAG